UAGGCGCUUUAGUCUCUGGUUGGGACGCGAGGCGUGAGUAUGGGGUAUGAGUUCAGCCCGCCAGGCUUGAACCUCGUCGAGAAUUGAAAACAAACAACGAAACACGGAAGAUACUUGCAUGACACUCGCCACGUGAGAAAGGACGGUGGAUUCCUCUCUUCUCGUUCAGCGUCGAGCCUUUCCCGCGGCACCCUGAACGGACCUUCGACGACCGUCGCUCGCAAAUGUACGGUUAAUCGAUCCGUGUGUAAUAAACGAACAGUCGAACUCGAACGUCGCCCGAUGUAAAUAGGCAGUGUCUCGCGCGCGCGAGGAAUCGAAAACGAUUUCGGAGUUAAAUCGUUCGUCGAUGAGAGACUACUCGUGUGUGCCUGUCAGGGAUACGUGAAGAAGGUUUUCUCUCGUGGACAUCGCCUGUCUAGGGAAAGGUACUCGAGAGCCAAGAUGUCGGUGCUUCUGGAAGCAAGGUCUUACCGACCUUUCAAAUCCUCCGAGGAGUAUCUGGUAGCGAUGAAAGAGGACUUGGCGGAAUGGCUGAAUGCUCUCUAUCCGGAGCUAAGAAUCAACGUUGACAAUUUUAUGGACAGGCUAGACACUGGCGUCGCUCUGUGCAAACACUCGAACAACGUACGCAAGUCUGCGGCGGAAUACGUGGCGCGUCGCCAGGCGCGCAAGAUCUCGAUGACACGUUCGAUAACCUCGUCGCUGGCGCUGCCGAUGAGCCAGCUGAGCGACGUGGCCUUCCUGCCCAACGCGAAGGCCGGCACCUUCUUCGCCCGCGACAACGUCUCGAAUUUCAUCGGCUGGUGCCGCAACAGCCUGGGCAUCAUCGAGUGCCUGUUGUUCGAGACCGACGACCUGAUAAUGCGCAAGAACGAGCGUCACGUCAUACUCUGCCUGCUCGAGGUGGCCAGGAGGGGGGCGAAAUUCGGCAUGCUGGCGCCGAUGCUCGUCCAGAUGGAGAGGCAAAUCGACAGGGAGAUCGCCGCCGAGAACAAGGCGGCGAAUGGCGCCCACGGGAAUGGCGGGAACGAAGAGAGCGACGACGAGUACGCGGACAUGCAACAGGAAGAGCCGUGCCUCAUAUACGGGCCCCAGCCACAGAUCGUCACCAACGACUUGAAGAGCCUCGACGAAAUGGUUCGCGACUUGGUCGAGAGGUGCACGUGUCCCACGCAGUUCCCAAUGAUCCGCGUGUCGGAGGGGAAGUACAGGAUCGGUGACACGAAGGUGCUGAUCUUCGUCAGGAUUCUACGAAGUCACGUGAUGGUGCGUGUCGGCGGUGGCUGGGACACGCUGAGCCAUUAUUUGGACAAGCACGACCCCUGCCGAUGCAGAACUUCGCAUCGCUCGAUGAUCUCAGCGAAGUUGAUUCAAAAGGCUGGAGGGUCCUUCGACCUUGGCAGCGCGCAGGUGCAUUACGAAAGAUCACCUCCUAGAACUCGAAGGAGUUCGGCGUCGAGCGUCGGUUCCUGCGCGGGAACGAUGCAGAAUCAGCAGCAGACGCAGCUGCACGCGGCCAGGAGCGUCUCCAGCAAUCGAUCGCGAUCGCCCACGCCUCAUCGACCCGCUGGCAAGCAGCAACAGCAGCCGAGCGACGAGCAGCAACGCAAGAUCAAUCGCUCGAGGAGUCCCACGCCGCAGAGGAAAUUCCUCGGCAGCCCCAACCACCAGCCUGCCGAUUUCGGGAAACAGCGAUCCAGAUCGCCCACCCCGAAGGCGCGGAUCAGAUCGUGCAGCCCCACGAAGACGGGAUCCGACUCGCCCAAGAGGGGCAUCAACGAGGAUGCUCGCUCGCCGACGCAUCAUGCUAAGCAUCAAGAAGUUAAGGACGCGAAGAAAGAGCAGCACCAGGAGAUCCGUGCGAAGGUGCCCCAGCCCGAUGAGUUUGCGAAGCGCUACGUGGUGGAGGGCGGCGUGGCCCGCAGGGCGGUGGAGAAGGACGACACCCCGAAGUACGAGCCGAGCAUCUACAAUUACAAGUGUCGCGAGGACUCCAGCAGCCGCAGUCCCACGCCCAGUCCUCCGGCGAUCAAGGAGGAGCCAGCGUUGGAGAACUUCGGCAAGGACGUCGUCACGGGGACGGUGCAGUACACCAAGUCCCCCCACGGCGACGGCGAGCAUUCCGACAACUGCAGCGAGGUCUCCGACGAGGGCUAUCGAAGUUUGGGCGCCGUCCAGCCACCCACCAGCAAUGGGAUCCACGGGACCUGCACGCAAGGAUCGCCCACGGUUGCCGAUUGUCAGAAGCAACCUACGAAGCCCGAGCAAGAGGAGAGGUCCUGCGUAGAGACCGAGAGCAUCGAGACAGGUCUCCGAAAGACGCGGAUAGGUCCAGCGAGUCCGCUUCGAGCGUCCCCGUCGAGAAGCGUGGCCUCUUCCUCGGGCGAUCGCACCCCGCGUGCGGGUUCCAUCGUCCGCGAGAACAGCAACGUGUCGAGAGCCUCGUCGGGCAGCAGAACGCCCCGGGAAAGCAACUCGAGCCCGGAGGGCAGUCCCCUGAAACGCGGAACCAUCAGGAACAGCCUUCGAAAACCUCCGCCGACCGGGAGCCUGAGCAAAGCGUCGCCGGUGCCGAAAUCCUGCCAGUCGCCCGUCAGCGGCAGCAACACCUGGAACGGCCGCCAAGCUAGGCAAAGGCCCAGCAUCCAAUCGGACACCUUCCUGAAUCCCCAAGGAUCAGCCACCUGCGCCACCACGCCGAGCUUCUCGAGGAAGAGCCCCGCUAGACAGAGUCUGCCCAGACAGAGCUCCAACGGUGUCCAGUACGACAGAAACGGAAGGAGGAUCAAGCCGUCCACCACGGGCUCCCUCCAGUCGUCCCCUACCAAGGUGGCUAAUCCCCUCCUCGAGCAGAUCCUGCAGAAGGUGGGCCAUCUGCAAGACGACCGCGAGGUGGUCCAGAAGCUCCAGGAUCUGCUGAGGGACUACCAAGCCCACGGUGGAGGCGACGUCGCUAAUCUGGAGUUCACGAGGGCGUGGAUCGACGGAAACGGAACCGUGGCUCUGCCACAGGAUAAUCAGAUGGCAGCCAGCCCUAGGAAGGACCCCAAGCCGGCCUCGGAGAGGGCCGGGUUCUCGAGGAUACCAGCGCCGGUUUACAAGAGGCCCAUGUCCGUUGCGUCCGACAGCGUGUGAGGAAGGCCAGCUGUCCCGAGGAAGAGGGGCGGGUACGUCUCGAUGAAGGCCCUCCCGGUGCCUUUGAGAUCAUCGAGGCUCUCGAUAUCGGCCGGGUAUCGUCGCGAGAACUGAAGGUGUUAUCGAACCUUCGCGAGUGGUGAUUCCCCUGUCGUGGUACCUUCGGUUUGCGAGAAUUCGGGACACCGGGUUGUGACUGCGAUGACGCGGAGGGAGGGAGAAGGACGAUAAGGGAUGAUGGUCGACGGGGUAAAUUGGUCAGGCCUGAGGUGUAUGGCGUCGAGUGCUUUGGCGAAUUUACUUAACCAGACCUAAUCCAGUCGGAGACCUAGAAUCCCAAGUUUUGAGAAAACAUGCUCCAGAAUCAUCAUGGUCUCCUGCAUGCUCCAAUAGUGUCUUGAGCUGCGAAUAUAUUGGAGACUGGCUCUACUAUAUUUGCAGUCCCAAAGUGUAUGAAUCGGCCUAAUUUCGAGCCUUCCUGGCCUAGUAGUGUAUAGACAAUCCUUACACUUCCUCGAACCACUGUGUAUCGUGCACUUCCUCUAGUGACAGUUAUUGAAUCAUGUUUAUCGAAGCUCCUCGUAAAUGGAAAUCCUUCCGCAGGUAAGAAAUUCCAGUUCCUGAAGGUGCAAUUAUCAGCGAUCCAUUAAUGCUCUCUCAUAUCCUUCUGAUUCCUCCCAUAUAGCUUUCCAGGGACUCCAAGAUGAAGAUAUACAAACCCAGAAGAUAAAUCAGUCUCGUAAGUAUUCGUACCCACUGUAUCUAUCAAGGAUAUUUAUCUAAAUUUUAUAAUAGGUUUGCUGAUUCCAAACAAAGUUCUAAUUAUAUAUAUAUACACAAGUGUAAAGUUUAUUUGUGCACAUAUUUAUGAUAAAACAUUAUAAGUAUUCGUAAAGGAAGAUUUUCCUUUGGGAGGAAGUUAAGGGGUGUCCAAAGAGGGUUUUUUGUUUUUUAACACUUUCAGUGCCAGGCAUAAUCGUAAAAAUACUUACGAAGUUAAAAUUUUGGUGUUGACAAUUGGAAUAUACUCUAACAUUUGCCUUGGCAUUUACGGGAAAAUUCACGAAUUCUGUCCAGCCUCGUUUUCUUUAACACCUGGUCUUCAGAAUUAAUUUUUUAAUCUCUCAGUCCCAUAAACAGCGAGUGUAAUAAGGACAGGAAUGAAUUUAAAAUAAAACUUCGUAUAUUUAUUUUAUAAAUAAAUUCUAAAUUUAUCUGGGAACGUGAAACCUGUCAUUUAAUUUAGACAAAUUUCUCCAACAGAUAUAAAGGUUACGAAUAUUUAUGGAACUCUAAAAUCCAAGUUUCCAAAGACAUAGACGACCGCAGGUUUUAAUCUCCUCAUCUUACAUAGAAGAACCCAUAGAGUACCCUGCUACCGCCACGUCCUCGUACCUAAUCUCCAAACCUGCUCCAAUUCGUUCAGCUAUCGGGGUACGUGGUCUCGCGCCUCACACCUCACGCCUGGAGCGAAAAGUAGGCGCGAUCUUACGAUGAAGCGAUUCGUGCCUGACGAAGCAAUUAAACGUAGGCAGUCGAUGCAAAGCGCGACGGAAAGGCGGCUUCGAUAAACGCGGCCGCGGUUUCUGCGCGUCGCUUCUGCCUUCUGUGUCAUCGGAGAUCGAAGGCGUCCGAUUAGAGGAAAACUUAACGGGCCUUAACGGUACGGGGUCGAUCGGUUAGCGUUGGCUCCGAGGAGUCACGCGUAUCGGGGUGGUGCUCGGAGAUAUGGUGCUUGGGAUGACGUUUACGUGAUGCGAAAAUGGAUUACGAGGCGAGAGAAAAAUAAGGAUGGAGGAGUGAGAAUAGGACGAGGCACGCGAACGGGGCUCGUCUCGUCGACGACGGGGACGCGAUUUCAAUUGGUUAUACACGGAAUUCAAGAUGGGGCAAUUAGCCGGUGCUGGUGUUGCGUUAAUGGCUUCCCAAUCGAUUUGCUUCCAGUCAGUUAAUUGCACCCCGGCUGACAGCUCGUCGAUUGAUCCGAGACGAGAGAUUACACCUUGCAAACGCGGACACGCGAUACUCCGUCUCUCGUGACUGCAACUUUUUCGACCCGUGCCCGACACUUCCGCUUCUUUUUUUUUUGUUUUGGAACUGUUUUCACACAGUGUCAAUGGCACGAUUUAUUGGUGAUAUUUUUCGAUUGGAAAUUAGAAAAUUGAAUUUUUGCGUUGGAUGCUGGAUUAAUAAUCAUGAAAAUUCCAGGUUACAUUUUUGUCCAGACUCUUAGAAAUGGUGCAAUCCAACAUUCGUGGUGGUAUUUAUUAUUGCUAUCCCUUUAGAAUUUGGCAAUGUAGAUUAAUUUUUACGAACACCUCACCUCGGAAUUAAUUUAUUUCAUUCCCACAUGUGACAAGGAUUUUCACUGAGGAAUAAAUAAAUUAAUUCUGAAAGUGCAUAGCAUUGGUAAAUUUUAAAGAGGUCGCAAAAAUAAAUACUGUCACAAAUGUCAGGCUAUUUUAUUAGAUUCGGACUAUUGCAUUUUAAAUUUUUGGAGAUUUGAAGAACACCAGGGUGAUGUUUGUAAAAAUAAUUGAAUAGCUUCAAGAGUGAAUUACUCGUUAACUAAUUUUGUCCUGGGAAUGAAUUAGACCACGAAAGACUGCCAGAGUUCCUUUUCAAAUAUUUUCGUAUGGAACCUUUUUAUUAAAUACAUUCCUGAAGAUGUUCGAUUCUUUUCAAACAUCCCCGUGCAUUUGAAAUUAAAAUUCGUGAAGAUUGAGAGUGAAAUUUAGCCUAUCUGAAAAUGAAAUUUGACAAAUUGACAGAAUUUUAGGAAAUUUGAAGGAUUUGGAAGAGUUUGAUUCGGUUCCAGGGCGUUUGAGUCGCAGCAUGUUUGAAAGGAGCGUCGCGUGGUCGCGGUUUCUUUAGCUUACGAUUAGUGUAACCGCGGCCCGCGAAUUUCUACGUUUCGUGCGUUCGAUCACGGCAAAUUAUUUAUUUAUAUAGUCUAUUGGUUGUAUUUAUUGAAGACGAUUUAUUUACGCGUUGCGAGUUCGCUCGAGAAUGAGUUGAGAGAAUGAUGACGUCGGAGGAUGGUUCCUUUUUCAAAAUAUCGGAGCGAGGACUGCUGGGAGAGGUCGAAUCGAAUCUCUCGGGAAGAAAUCAAAUUUACCCUACCCCUCCCACCCCCCAAGAAAAAGAAAA